UCUUGGCAGGUGCCCGGCUACCAUCUCUUUCCGUCCCGAGCCUUGGAGACGGCAGCCCCUGGGUUGCUGAGCGGUAGCAGCAGCAUGAAGGCUCCGAACUCAGGAAAAUGAUGGAGCUGAUCUCCUGGGCCUCAUGUGCCCAGACCUUGGCAGCCCAGAGUAAGGCCAGGGUCGGCUCCUUCUCGUCGUCCUGUGCUCCUUGGUCUUCUCCGCUGUCUACAUCCUAAUGUGUGGCUGGGCCUGCCUGCCCCUCUGCCUGGCCACCUGCCUGGAACCCCACCUCCCCACCGGCUCCAGGCCUACCGUGCCGGGACCCCUGCACUUCAGUGGAUAUAGCAGUGUGCCAGAUGGGAAGCCACUGGUCCGGGAACCCUGCCGCAGCUGUGCAGUGGUGUCCAGCUCUGGCCAGAUGCUGGGCUCAGGCCUGGGCAUAGAGAUCGACGGAGCCGAGUGCGUGCUGCGCAUGAACCAGGCGCCCACAGUGGGCUUCGAGGCGGAUGUGGGCCGGCGCAGCACCCUGCGUGUGAUCUCGCACACGAGCGUGCCGCUGCUCCUGCGCAAUUACUCACACUACUUUCAGCAGGCCCGAGACACACUCUAUGUGGUGUGGGGCCAGGGCAGGCAUAUGGACCGGGUGCUUGGUGGCCGCACCUACCGCACGCUGCUGCAGCUCACCCAGAUGUACCCAGGCCUGCAGGUGUACACCUUCACCGAGCGCAUGAUGGCAUACUGUGACCAGGUCUUCCAGGACGAGACAGGCAAGAACCGGAGGCAAUCAGGCUCCUUUCUCAGCACCGGCUGGUUCACCAUGAUCCUCGCCCUGGAGCUGUGCGAGGAGAUUGUGGUCUACGGAAUGGUCAGCGACAGCUACUGCAGAGAGGAGAGCCGCCCCUCGGUGCCUUACCACUACUUUGAGAAGGGCCGGUUGGACGAGUGUCAGAUGUACCUGGCGCACGAGCGGGCGCCCCGCAGCGCCCACCGCUUCAUCACCGAGAAGGCCAUUUUUUCCCGCUGGGCCAAGAAGAGGCCCAUCGUUUUCGCCCACCCGUCUUGGCGGGCCCAAUAGCCCUGCUGGUCACCAUGCCUUCAUCAGGCCUCCAUUCCAUUGAAGCCACCACACUCCACCAAAAACUUUUAAUUUAUGGAUCCUACCUCCUGCCAGAUGCAGGGCAGACAGAGGGUCCCUUCCUGCCCCACGCUGGAGACUCUUGGAGCCAUCUCUAGCUUCACAACUUUAGAGGGAGUUGAAGGAAGCCAUGCUGGCCUUUGCACCCUCCUCCCCUCCCUGCCCCCUGAGUGAUCUGAAUCUUCAUUUUGGGGUUCAUAGCACCUCCAGGUCUGUCAAGUGGCCUUUGCCUCUGGGGCUGAUGGCCCCCACUCACCAGCAUCAUGACCUUCGACCUUGCACCAGCCCUGGUCCUUCCUCUCUGCCCCCACCCACCUUUGGUGCCACACCUCACAAGCUGGUUGUCCUGCUGCCAAUGCCCUGAUUGGGGCGGCCGAGAGCUUGCUUAGAGUUUGUUGAGCAAAGGGGCCUUUGAAAUGUGACUGCCAGGGUCAUCUCAAGAGUGUACGGGUAAAUGAUUUUCUCAUA